AUGAAAGAUCAACAAGGCUACAUAAACAAUGCCGGUCGUUUCAGAGUUGAGAUUGGUGGCACCCAUUCAGCAAAUCUUUCGACUGUCACCACCGCCGAUGUUGCUGUCACAGUUGUAUCGUCAAACAUUGUGAUUACCUCUGCCUCCAAUACAUUUAUGAAUAGUGAUGCUUUGAAUUUAUACCCCUCUGAAAGCUUUGUUCGCGCCCAAUCAUCAACAAUAUUAUCUACCUCACAGGUUUCAGGCCAAAACUCUUCCCAAGUGCAGACAAGUACAGCGCAUCGUUCAGAUCCACUCCCUUCCUCCAUGCUCACAACGUGCUGGCCUAUGAGCACCAUCGCAGUCAGUGGAUCACAACAGAUUUCGGCACAUCCUGAUGAAUCCAUAACAGAAAGUGCUUUUUCCAUAGAGGCUGGAAAGUCGAAAAAAAAUCUUCAUACCUUAGGUUCAACAGAUCGAGGACUUUUAAACAGUGAUAUAUAUGAAUUAGAAGAUUAUAAGCCAUCAUUAUCCAGUAAUCAAAGCUCGGAUCAAGGAUGUGCUGUGAGUUGGGUCGGAAAAACUCUUGGAGGUUCAGGAACCGAACUGGAAGAUAGUAAACCUUUUGCUAGUGGGUUGGGUUAUCAUUCAAAAUCAAUAGUAACCACAAACAUGCAAACGAUUAAUUGUGUUUCUGGGAAUACUAUGACCAAUAAUAACAUGAUCGGACGCACAAUGAGCCCCUCAGUAGAUGCUGGAAUAUUAUCGACAUCCAGUCUAAUUCAUCUUGAGAAUCCUGAGAGAGAGACGCGAUGGUAUUUCAAAUAUUUUUUAGGCAAAAGUGAGUAA